GGUGGAGAGACGGGGCUCACUACGUGCAUUCCAAGGGGACCCGCAAAUAGAUGACUGGAUAGGUGUCCUUAAUUUACCUGGCCUAAGUGUCCCCUAAAAAGGAGAUGCACUCUCAGGGUGGGUGCUUGCAAAGGCGUAAAUAGUGCUAAAACUCGCUUGUCUUCUAUUCCCUAUGCUCCUACAGAGUACCUGUGAGAUUAUUUUUCCGUUACGCGCUGUAAAGUUGUGGACAGUACAGUGUUGCCGUGUUCGAUAGCGAACCAAGGGCACAUGAGUGCACUGCACAUAGAUGUCAUUGAUGUUGUUCUAGGUCUGACCCUUCAAAUUGUGCGUAAAGUAAUACAACAUUGUUCACACGCGAAAAGAAAAUCCCACCUGGCAUCAGCUAUUAUCGUAAACCAUUUACCACUUAGCCCAAUACGACUCGCCUUUUGGCAGGUGGGUGUGUACUAUUACACCCCUAAACCGGGCUGACUGCCAUCUGUACUGCCCAAUUUUGAAGUUGAUAUAAUGAAACGCUUUCUGCGACCCACACCUUGUGAAAGGCUGUAGGCAUACCGAUUGGUUCGAAAAGGUGAUGCAAGGUAGCCUACCCCCUCCUUACCUUUGAGUUCGCUUUAAAAGUGCCUCACAUCUCUCCCCCAAAUUAAAUAACAAAAUAAAGAAAAGAAACGCAUAUCUUAACUAAGAGAUUCCGUCAUAUUAUCCUGCUACCUUGGUCACGUUUAAGAGUGAGAAAUAGACUCAACAUCGAAGAAAGAUUCUUUAGAAAUAACGGAAAAGCUGGAGAAAAGCGGCCCUGGUACAUUACAUCAGUUUUACUAGUCCCAGAGGAUCAGACUGCAUAUUCAGUGAGCAGGGAUGGCGAGUAUGGUGUCUGAGAUUAUAGCUUUUAUCCUUUCGGUAGCGGGUUGGAUAUUAGUGUCCUCCACCAUCCCCACUGAUUACUGGAAGGUUUCCUCUAUUGAUGGCACGGUCAUCACAACAGCCACCUUCUGGUCCAACCUCUGGAAGACGUGCGUUACUGACUCCACAGGCGUCUCCAACUGUAAGGAUUUCCCGUCCAUGCUGGCGCUCGAAGGCUACAUCCAGAUCUGCAGGGGCCUAAUGAUUGCUGCUGUGUGUUUUGGAUUUUUUGGAUCCAUAUUUGCUUUGGUUGGAAUGAAAUGUACAAAAAUUGGAGGUUCAGAUCGGACCAAAUCAAGAAUCACGGGAUUCUCUGGAAUCAUCUUCAUUCUGGGUGGUUUAUGUGCAGUGACAGCCUGCUCACUAUAUGCACACAGGAUUACAUCAGAAUUCUUUGACCCUAGUUUUGUAGCACAAAAAAUGGGAUACAACUAUUCAGGAGCUGAAACAUUUAUGUCUUCCCGCAUGAAGGCCUUUAAUUCUAGUGUCACGGGCAGGUCAAACAAAGCUGCAGGAAACCUUCCCAAGCAAUUCGACAAAAAUGCUUAUGUUUAACAGCGAAAUACCACGAAGGAAAAAACACAAAUGAUAAUUUAAAUCUGGAUUGGACUCUUGAUGAAAGUCAGCAUGGACUCUUGAUGAAGUGAUUUCUUCAGAAGCAGAGCACUUUGGCGUAGACACUAAAGUAUGGAUAUUACAUUUCAGUGGAAGUCUUUCAGCACUGUUCUGUUAUAUUCUAGUUACGUAAAACAGGACACUGGUAGUUUUAGUAUUUUUAAUUAUCUUCAUAUGGUAGGAGUUUAGUUAUACAGUAUAACUCAGAAGGGGUGCUGUGCACUACUUUCUUGUUGUUUGUUCACAGAAUUUACCAGUUUUUUUAUUUGCAGUAUUAAAUGCCAGCUCCUCUCUCCACUUCUCUAGCUUAAUACUUCAGUAACUAACCAAACUCAUAUUUAAGAACUAACAUUUGUAGUUACAAAUAACAGAUUGAGUUUAGUUAUGUUUAACUAAAUAUAAUUGAGCUUCAGCAAAUGUUAAAAAUGUGUACUGAUAAAAGAAAUAUCGGAACAGUUCUGUGUGUGCAUCUGGUGUGUGUGCAUGUGUAUAUAUGUGUGAUGCAUGUAUAUACAUGUGUAUGCAUAAAUAUAAAUAGGUGGCCACACACACUUAUAUAUGAGCUGAAAAUUAUACAUGAGAAAGUUUACCAUGGAAAAUAAUGUUAUUUUCAGAAAGAAAAUGAAAAGAUAUCGAAUUAAGCUUUGAGUAAAAGGUUACAUGAUAAGAGAAAACUGGUUAAAGUUGAAAGAAGAGAAAAUAUCUGCUUAGAAAUUCAGAAGCUGUGAAAGAAAUGCUAGGUCCACCCAUGGGAAUGCAUGUGCUUAAAUGUAAGUAAUUUAUAUGAAAUAAAAUGUAGCUAUUUGUAACAUGAAAUCUGAAGACUCAGAAAAUCAAACCAAAGGAAAUAAUUUUCACAUUAGACUACAAGAAAAAUGCAUACAUGAAUGCUGUUCUCAAAAAAGAUAGACAAAUAGCCAACUGGAGUAAAGCAGCUAAAGAUGUUCCAGAAUAUGAAAGGUGCUGCAAUGAUGUGUGAAGUCAAGGAGUUGAAGAAAAGAAAAAUGAAAUUGCUUUAUGCCUGCUGUAUAUUGGUAUGGUGAUGUAAAAUUACCAGCUUCUUGUGCAAGGACAACACAUGGAUAAGAAUUAUAAACAGACAAUUUUAUACUGUGUGCUGGUCUUCUGAACAAUACAGGAGACUAUUGUUAAAGAUUUUGGAAGUCACAAAGAACAACAAAUAUCAUCUGUAUUGUAAACUUGCAAAAAGCUUUUUACUUCCGAAUCACCAAGAUGUUAUUUGUGAAUUCUGAAAAUGUCUUCCAGUAAAUUAUUCUCCAUGAAGCAUUUAGCAGUAUGAUUCGGAUCUCAGUCUUUUACUGAUGAUACAACUUGUUAAUGUUUGAUCUUUUUGAUCUAAAUAAUGCUGGUGGGGGUGAAGGAAAAGAAGCAAUUAAGUACACAGUCUACUAAUGUAUGAAAAUUACUUGUUUCUCAUACUUUUCACAUAAACUGUGAUGUUGUUCUUUCAUUUUCGUAAAAGUCACCACUCCUUAGAAAGGCAUAAAAAUAACUGAAGAGGAAGCAAAGUUUAUACUUGGUAUUUGUGAUAGCCAAUGAAAAAUUAAAACAGAUACAGCAAGUGUCUAGUAUCAUUUUGAUAGAUGGGGCAUAGUUAAAUGUGGGAUUUAUAGAAAAUAACAUGCAGUAAAAUCAACAUGGAUUUAUAUAGGUACAGUUGUUAACCAAAACAUAACAUCUAACACUAAUAAAUAUACUGCUGGAGAUCUAG